AAUGGUUCUCCCAAUUACUAAUACUUAAGUGUAAAUUAAAAUUUGUUCAAAAUGGCUUCGAAUUUAAAUUUAGCAAACACGAAGGAUCUUCUGCCUCGAUUGACGGAGCAAGAGGUUCAAAGCAGAAUAGAAGAACUGACUCAGAAGUUGAGGAAUAGUGAUAUUUAUUUGCUACUUAAACAGACGGCUCUUCAGGAAACCAAGUCGCCCUCUUCAAACACUUCCAACUCUUCAGCUGUGGUGUCUAAUUCGCAGUUCAUCUCAGAUGUGCAGCAGAGAAUCAACAGGAGUGUGUUGAGUAGAGUGCUGGCCAAUCAGGUGUACAGAGAACUCAAGCUGAGAGACCAAACUGUGCUGGAGGCAGAGCCACUCGGCUUCGUGCGCCGUGCCCAGCUGUUGUGGGAGAAGAGAAUCUUGAAGAGUCUGAACACAAUGUGCACUGAGUUGUCUGUCCCCCUAGCGAGGAGGAGGGGUAAACAGGAACAGAUCGAAAUGAAGACCAAGUGGAAUGAAAUAGGAACUGGAAAUCCGAACCUGGAGCAGUAUCGUCCAGUGUAUGCCCCCAAGGACUUCCUGGAAGUGGUGGCCAGUCUUGUGAAUCCAAACAGCACACUGAGUAGUAGUGGGAGUAGUGAGGAAGUGAACGGAUACUGGGGCAUUGUUCAAGUGAAUCUGGAUGUGAAGUCUAUUGAGCAGCUGCGUGUGGAAUAUUCCUCUCUCUGCAUUGACAAGUGUCAGAGUGGAUUAGACGACAGGUACCAGUCAAGUCACUUUGCAGUGGAGAGGGAUGCUGGGGUGAGGAGGGUGGCCAAACAGGGUCUCAGUGCAGUCUGCGAAGUGGCCGCCAGAAGAGGAAACCCAGUCGGGCAAAGAGCGGUUAUGUGGGAGAAGAUUCUGGGAGUUAGAGUGGACGAAAUAGACAGACUGUACUACUCCCAGAUGAAAAACGAAGUGAUCCAACAUGACCUCAUGAUUGACAACAUCAUCUUCAAAGAUAUCAAACUCACUUCAGUCAAUGAUGAUUUCUUUUUCGUCUUCGAAGAUUAUCUGUAUCAGGUCCUUCUAAUCUUCGUUCGCGACACUUCAGUUCUUAAAUGGCGCAACUGCAUGAUGGCAAACCCCCUCAAAGCCUACUUAAGAGGCAAAAUCGGAAACGAAAAUUACUGUGUAGUCUAUCCCCCAAGCGGGGUUAUACCCUUUCACGGGUUUUCAAUGUACGUGGCGCCUCUGUGUUUUAUAUACGCGGAUCCGGUCAAGCUGUAUUUUGUGUUUCGAGAACUGUACGUCAGAUUUUUCUGCCAUCUUCACUGCUUGAGCUCAAACCCGAAAGGAAUCUUGGCCGUCAGUGCUCUCUUUGAAAGCCUUCUGAUGUCCUUAGCCCCUUCACUCUUUUUCCACCUCAAAUCUAUCGGCAGUGCCCCUUUGAAGAUAGCCUUCAAGUGGCUAAUGCGGGCGUUCUCUGGCUACUUGGAAGCGGAUCAGCUGUUGGUGUUGUGGGAUAGAGUGAUUUCGCAUGACUCUAAUGAGAUUCUGGCUGUUAUGGCUGCGGGGCUCUUUUUGUACAGGUCAGCCAAUUUGAUGAACGUGACUUCACCCGCAGCGGCAGAAGCAAUCAUGGCUGAUCUGUCCACAGUCAAGGUCAUUCCAAUUCUCCAGAUCAUUCUCGCAACCAACACUGAAAAAUCGAAAUGAGAAAGGUCACGAAGUUAGUUCUCAUCUAUCAGUGUAGAUUAUCAUCACGUGUCAACUUUGCGUUUAGAACAGCUGAUUGCAGAAAAAAAUAAGAACAAAAUGCAUGUGUAAACGGGCAUAUGUUUUCAUCCAGAUCCAAUAAUCUAAAAAUUAUUUUUCUGUUGUAAAAAAGUAGAAAAAAUUAUUGUAAAUCAUGUAAAUUUUGUGUCAUAAGUUUAAAUAAUUUUGGCAGAAGGCUUCAUCAAUCUUUAUAUACUUCUGCAUAUAUACUUAUGAUCUUCAGCAUAUGUACUAUACGGUUCACGAAUUU